GUCCCGCCCCGGGCCCAAGCCCCUUUUCUCCAUUGGACCCGUGUCGCGCGGAGCAGGCUCAGCCUACAGCGAGCGGAGCCCCGAGUCCCCUUCUCCGAGCCUUUUCUUUGCCAGUGUCUCAGACUCAAUCGCCGGGGAGGUAAAACAAUAGCGGGCCACCUGGGACGCGGCGCGCCCCAGCUCCCACGGCCCGUGCCCGGAGUCGCGGCCCCGCGCCAGCCCCGUGGCGACCCGCGCUGCGGAGGGUGGGGCUGCCCGCCGCGCCCCGCUCCGUAGACCGCGACGGGAAAGCCCGCGAGUAAGAGAGGCAUUUGGUGAAAGUGUUUUGAGAACAAUCAUAAUUGCCCUGCUCUGGGCGGGGAAACUGAGGCGUAGGGCACAGAAGGAAUCUGCGGGCUUUUGUGGGACCACUCUCGGGCUACCAAAUGCCAGCUUACUUCGUAUGCCCUGGGAGGUUCUGGGGCAGGUGACGGCACGGUGACCUAUCACCAUGGAUGGAGAUGGACUUUUUGAUGAAGAAAUCCAAAGUGUCUUUACCAGUAAGGGUGUUUUGGCUGUCUCGGGUUUUGACAAAACCUGCCUGGUUCCCUUUGGGGGAUCCGAAUGAGAGAUUUCAGACACCUUCAGUGCGAAGCCAAGGACAUUUCUGUAUAAUCAGCGCAUGAAAGGAUUUUCUCAGACUCUCUUUCCUCCCAUUUUCCUCGAGAAUUAAUCCACCAGAAUCUACAGUUCCGGUGGAGACUGCAAGGCAUAUACAGUGUAGCAGAAACCUAGAGCGCCUUCGGAAUUGCUCUGGACCCUGCCUUAGGCGUAAAGGACUCUUGCACAUGCCACUCCCCUCUCCGGCCCCCAACUCCCUCCUUCUGACUACUCUGUCUUUGACUGGCUCUCAUUUUCCCCGUGAAGUUCUGUUUCCAAACUGUUCCCCUGGAGCUAUAAGUGGAUUGGCAGUAAUGAGAGAUUAGGCAGUGGGAAAAGCACGGUGCCCUGUGCUGUGUCCUUUUCCUGCUGCCGCCGCCGCCGCCGCAGACAUGAAGUGCUUUUUCCCAGUGUUGAGCUGUCUGGCUGUGCUGGGUGCGGUGUCAGCGCAGCGGCAGGUCACCGUCCAGGAAGGACCCUUAUACCGCACAGAGGGCUCCCACAUCACCAUCUGGUGCAACGUGAGUGGCUACCAGGGUCCUGCUGAGCAGAACUUCCAGUGGUCCAUUUACCUGCCCUCUGCUCCAGAGCGUGAGGUACAGAUUGUCAGCACGGUGGACUCCUCCUUCCCUUAUGCCAUCUACACUCAGCGAGUCCGAGGCGGGAAGAUCUACGUGGAGAGAAUCCAGGGGAAUUCAGCCUUACUUCACAUCACAGACCUGCAAGCCCGGGAUGCUGGGGAGUAUGAAUGCCACACCCCCAACACCGAUGAGCGCUACUUUGGGAGUUACAGUGCCAAGAUGAACCUAGUGGUGAUCCCAGAUUCCCUGCAGACGACGGCUGUCCCCCAGACUCUGCACAAAGUGGAACAGGACCCGCUGGAGCUCAGUUGCGAAGUGGCCACCGAGACCCUCCAGCAUACCCACCUCUCGGUAUCCUGGCUCCGGCAAAAGGGUGGCGAGAACCCUGUGGAGGUCAUUUCCCUGAGCAGAGACUUCAUCCUGCACUCCAGCAGUGAAUAUGCGCAGAGGCAGAGCCUGGGCGAGGUGCGGCUGGACAAGCUGGGGAGAAGCACGUUCCGCCUCACCAUCUUCCACCUGCAGCCCUCCGACCAGGGCGAGUUCUACUGCGAGGCUGCAGAGUGGAUCCAGGAUCCAGACGGCUCUUGGUACGCCAUGACCAGGAAGCGCUCUGAGGGUGCCGUGGUCAACGUCCAGCCCACUGACAAAGAGUUCACCGUGCGACUGGAAACAGAUAAGAGGCUGCACACAGUGGGUGAGCCGGUGGAGUUCAGAUGUAUCCUAGAGGCUCAGAACAUUCCAGACCGGUACUUUGCCGUCUCCUGGGCCUUCAACAGCUCACUCAUUGCCACCAUGGGACCUAAUGCUGUGCCAGUCCUCAACAGCGAAUUUGCCCACCGUGAAGCCAAGGGACAACUUAAGGUGGCCAAAGAGGGUGAUGGUGUCUUUGUGCUGAAGAUAUAUCACCUUCGCCAGGAAGAUAGUGGCAAAUACAACUGCCGGGUGACUGAGCGAGAGAAGACCGUCACUGGCGAGUUCAUCGACAAGGAAAGCAAGAGGCCCAAGAACAUCCCCAUCGUCGUGCUCCCCCUCACAGAUAACUGGGUAGUUAAAGUCCCCCAGCAGCACCAGAUCCUGCCCCAAGGCCACUUGGAAAGCAGCAUGUCCGUGGAGGUGGCCAGCAACGCCAGUGUCGUCCUUGAGGGUGAGGACCUGCACUUCUCCUGUACUGUCCGCACGGUGGGCAGGUUGCAGGCCCGCUUCUCUGUCAUCUGGCAGCUCGUGGAUAGGCAGAACCGCCGCAGCAAUGUCAUGUGGCUAGACCGGGAUGGCACCGUGCAGCCGGGCUCAUCGUACUGGGAGCGCAGCAGCUAUGGAGGCAUCCAGAUGGAGCAGGUGCAGCCCAACUCCUUCAGCCUGGGCAUCUUCAGCAGCAGGAAGGAGGACGAGGGCCAGUACGAGUGCCACGUGACAGAGUGGGUUCGGGCUGUGGAUGGAGAGUGGCAGAUCGUGGGAGAGCGCCGCGCCAGUACCUUGGUCUCCAUCACAGCCCUUGAAACGGGCUUUGCGGUCACAGCUAUCUCCCGGACACCAGGGGUCACCUACAGCGACUCCUUUGACUUGCAGUGCAUCAUCAAACCCCACUACCCAGCCAGAGUCCCCGUGUCUGUGACAUGGAGGUUCCAGCCAGUGGGCACAGUUGAGUUCCAUGACCUGGUGACCUUCACACGAGAUGGAGGGGUUCAGUGGGGAGACAAGUCCUCCACCUUCCGAACUCGGACUGCCAUCGAGAAGGCUGAGUCCAGCAACAAUGUCCGCCUGAGCAUCAGCCGGGCCAGUGACACGGAGGCGGGCAAGUACCAGUGUGUGGCAGAGCUGUGGCGGAGGAAUUACAACAAUACCUGGACGAGGCUGGCGGAGAGGACUUCCAACCUGCUGGAGAUUCGGGUGCUGCAGCCAGUGACAAAGCUUCAGGUGAGCAAAUCAAAGAGAACCCUCACACUGGUGGAAAAUCGUCCAAUUCAGCUGAACUGCUCAGUCAAGUCCCAGACCAGCCCAAACUCGCACUUCGCCGUGCUGUGGUAUGUUCACAAACCCUCGGACGCGGACGGCAAGCUCAUUCUCAAAACCACGCACAACUCAGCCUUCGAGUAUGGAACCUAUGCGGAGGAGGAAGGCCUGCGAGGCCGGCUGCAGUUCGAGAGGCAUGUGUCAGGGGGCCUGUUCAGCCUCACUGUGCAGAGAGCUGAGGUCAGCGACAGUGGCAGCUACUACUGCCAUGUGGAGGAGUGGCUGCUGAGUCCUAACUAUGCCUGGUACAAGCUGGCCGAGGAGGUUUCAGGGCGCACAGAAGUCACCGUGAAGCAGCCAGACAGCCGCCUGAAGCUCAGCCAAGCCCAGGGGAGCCUGUCUAUUCUGGAGACCCGGCAGAUCCAGCUGGAGUGUGUGGUCCUGAACCGCACCAGCAUGGCCUCCCAGCUCGUGGUGGAGUGGUUUGUGUGGAAGCCCAACCACCCAGAGCGGGAAGUAGUGGCCCACCUGAGCCGAGAUGCUACCUUCCACUAUGGCGAACAGGCUGCCAAAAACAACCUGAAGGGACGGCUGCAUGUGGAGAGCCCAUCUUCCGGCGUGUACAGGCUCUUCAUCCAGAAUGUGGCGGUGCAGGACAGCGGGACCUACAGCUGCCGAGUGGAGGAGUGGCUGCUCAGUCCCAGCGGGGUGUGGUAUAAACGGGCUGAGGACACAGCUGGACAGACGGCCGUCACAGUCAUGCGACCUGAUGCUGCCCUCCAGGUGGACACAGUAGUCCCCAAUGCCACGGUGACCGAGAAGGCAACUUUCCAGCUGGACUGCAGCAUCCUGUCUCGGUCAAGCCAGGACUCCCGCUUUGCUGUGGCCUGGUAUUCCCUAAGGACUAAAGGCGGAGGGAAAAGAGGCAGCCUUGGCAUUGAUGAGCAAGAGGAGGAGGAGGUGUCGGAAGAGGAGGCCUCCGAAGAUCCAACAGAGAGGACAGUCCUGCUGAGUGUGGGGCCUGAUGCUGUCUUUGGUCCUGAAGGCAGCCCUUGGGAGGGCAGGCUGCGCUUCCAGAGGCUCUCGCCCCUGCUGUACCGGCUCACGGUGCUCGAAGCGAGUCCUCAGGACACAGGCAACUACUCCUGCCACGUGGAGGAGUGGCUGCCCAGCCCUCAGAAGGGAUGGUACCGGCUGACGGAGGAGGAGUCUGCCCCCAUUGGUAUCCGGGUUCUGGACACAAGUUCCACCCUGCAGUCGCUCAUCUGCUCCAACGAUGCCCUCUUCUACUUUGUCUUCUUCUACCCUUUCCCCAUCUUUGGCAUCCUCAUCAUCACCAUUCUACUGGUGCGCUUCAAAAGCCGGAACUCCAGCAAGAACUCAGAGGGGAAGAACGGGGUGCCUCUGUUGUGGAUCAAGGAGCCGCACCUCAACUACUCCCCGACUUGCCUGGAGCCUCCUGUGCUCAGCAUCCACCCUGGAGCCAUAGACUAAGGAGGUUGCUCCCCCAACAGACGUUGCCCAUGGCAGGGUCGGGUCAGGGAAGCCUUGUGGGCUUUUCCUCAUUGCUUCGUGCUCUGUGAUUGGACAGGCGACAGCACCCGAACUCUGCAGUUUCGCUGCAGGAACCAGUCAGACCUGGAGUGAGUUGGAAGCUUCCGGUCACGGAGAUGACUGCCUCCGGCAGGGGUACUGGUUAGCUAUUCACACCCAGGUGUCGUGACGCCAGAGUCCUAGGUUCCUAGUUUUUGGUUUCGGUAACUUAGUGCGUAGCUCCAGGUGCCACAUCUACUGGCCAGUCUGUCUCAUGUUCUCAGAUCGGUGCUACGGGGUUUCCUCUUCUGCGUAAUGUACUCUUUGAAGCCCCUUUGGUCUUCUCCAUUUGGAUCCCAUAAUGUUGUGGAAGAGUUUCUCUCACAGCUGAUAAGCAAGAGGAAGACGCCUUCAUAGUAACAAGGAAUCUCUUCCAAGACAUUUUUGUUUUUGCACAUUUGAAAAUGCCACCCGUGGAUCAAAAUACACCCAAACAUUUUUUUUUUUUUUUUUUACUUUCUUAGCAAGACUUGAAAAAUAUGUGUAGCGUGGGCCCAAUUUGUAUCUUAUCUCUUCCCUCAGCCGGAGUCGUUGGAACCACUUUAUAGUCAAGAUGAAAGCAUUGAAUUUCGCUUCAAAGGACUGCACAUGUGCAGAAGAAACCCCCACAGAACCCCAUUAGGAGUAGAUGGUGUCCAGCCAGCCAGUCGGUUAGGGAGGCAGCAAAAGGCUUCAGUCCUAUCCUUGCCAAAAAAUAAACAAGCCAACUUGGAGGGUGGGCCAAGGGCUCCGGAAGGCACCUGUUUCUGAGGGUUGCCCUGAGCAUACUUACUUACCUUUGUACUGGAGGCCAUGACUGGGGGCAGGAGAGGGGUGGUUGUUGGCUUGACUUGGCCAGAUCAGUCUCUUGACUUACCCCUGAGCUGGUAGCUUUCUUCUGUAGGUGCUUUGCCAGAUUUUCAAGGGGACAUGUCUAGUGAAGCUAGAAGGGGCUGCCCUGAGUGGGGUGAGCUAUCAUACUGAGCUUCGGAGAGUGGGGAGCGGGAGGGGGUUCUAGAGCCUGACAUUGAGAGGCUGGAGGAACACUUCUCUCUCUAUCUUCCCUUCAGUGAGCCUUUCCUCGGAGAUGGUGAGGGCUUCCUUAUCCAUCGCUGCUCUUCCCAAAUCUCAGUGCUGUGGGGAUAUCGUCCUAGGAUAGGACCAGGCACAGCCCUUUGCAGUUGUUUUUGUCCCCUACUUUCAACUGACAACUCAGACCAGGAGUUGUCGCUUUCCUUUGUUGGAGUGUGUGUAUAAGUGUGUGUGUGUGUGUGUGUGUGUGUGUGUGUGUGUGUGUGUGUGUUCGUUCAGGUUGUUUGAUUGUACUGGUGGCUUUUAAUUUUCAGCCCACAAAUCCAAACUCCGCUGUCUCCACUUUGCUUAGCUGCCCCAGAACCUCACCAAUUGCAAAUCCUCCCUUUUGUCUUUUGCUCACUCUGACCAUCUUGUGAACCCUCUCUUCCCCAUCCUUCAGUGGCCAUACCUUCUCUGGGGAAUUUUCAUCCCGAGUCCCAAGAUAGAGCUCCUUGGAAAAAGCUACCCAAGAUUAUGGGAGUAAAUGCAAUGAGUGAUUUCUCCUGAGAAUAAACAGACAACACAGAGGCUGCAGGACUUCCAGGCCACUGGGCCAGAUGGUUAUGGAGCCCUCCAAGGGGUCUGCUGGGUAUGGGCCCUGUGCUGGGCAGAGGAAGGGAGGUAAGGUGCAGCCUGACAGUCUUUCCUCUUCCCUCCUGGUCCUCUUGUUCUCUGAGAAGUGUCCAGGCAGUGCCACCUUAAUCCCUCCUGUGCCUGCCCUGCUGAUUCUCAUUUUUGCUGCACAAACACAUCAGAGGGACCAAAUUGGCCCAGUCACAGAGAAAGAAUGUCCUUUGUUCUGUUCCUUCGUUUCAUGGGUGUGGGCUCUUGGUGGGUAAUUGCUGACUCCUGAGUUUUAGGCUGAGUCAAUGAGGGAAGAUUGACGCCAGAGGGCUGGCCUGGAUUAAGAUUUCAGAUCGGCUCUGUAGCCGUAGAAAACUCACGCUGCAAGUAAAUAUGUGAAGCAACCGCAGGACGUUUGCAAGGAGCAAAGAAAUCUAUGUCAGUAUUUUAACAACUGCUUUUUUGCGUGUAUUUUCUGUGGGGCGGGGGUAUGCAAUCAAAGGUUAAACUCUGAGCUUUCUAUGAAAACAAAACAAGACAAAACAAAAACAAAAAAGAAAGGAAAAAGAAAAAAAAAGAAAAACCCAAACCCUCAGGACUUCUCUGUGGCUGGUUCUGUGGACAUGUGUUGUCAGAUAAAUGGUGAUGGCGCCCUCCAGUGGCUCGAAGGCUUCACUGCAUAUUGUCUGUUGGGGCUUUGGUCCUCUUGAGUACUCAAUAGAGACUCCUGACAUCUGUCCUCUCCAGAGAUUUAUGAAAAUCUCCACUGUGCUAGGCAUGUCCCAGGACACUAUAUGACCACACCCUCUCUCAUCAGGGUGUUUCUGUAGCAAGUUUUCAUAUUUGUUUCAAACAAUGGCGUCUCUGCGUUCAUGUUGAAGACAGAGACGGGAUAAGAAGACUAUCUGUGCAUGAAGUAGAGAACUGUUGGUUUGUUUCAUUUUUUAAAAGGAGAAGCUAUUUGUAAGCCACUGCACAAAGACGUUUUAUAUACACUGCAGAGACCUGUAGUAAAUUAUGUUGACAAUACGCUGUUUACAUUUUCUGGAGUCUGAUGUCCUCCUGCCCCUCACUGAACCAACCGCCCCCUGCUCUGGGACUGUGCUCUGUGGGUGGCCUGGAGUUUUGCUCUUGGCACUGAUGUACCAGAUUCAAGUUUUACAAGCUGUAGCCUUUCUAUGCAUGCCCUUACCCAGCCUAAAUUAUGGUUUUUUUGUACAAAUGAUAAAAAAAAAAAAAACCUUUCUCAAGA